AUGAGUCACAAGAACCUCAACACGAAUAUUCCCAGUCAGAGUUUGCUACUACUAUUGUACAAGCUUAAGACUAUUGAGGCUAUUGAGCCUGGAGGAGUUGGAGGGAGGAAGCCCGUCCUGACUGUUAAGGACAAAUCGAUUAUCAGUUUGCCUUCAACCGUGAAUCUGAUGUAUCUGAAUAUCCAGCCAACAAUAUCCAACUGGGCUGCGACAGGUGAUGAAUUCUCUCUAAUUUUUGAGACCAAUCCUCUGGCUGAGUUUGUGGAGUUACCCAGCGAUAUUGGUAACUUGAGGUACAGCGCAAUCCUCUGUGGUUGCAUUCGUGGAGCUCUCGAAAUGGUCCAACUCGAGGUGCAAAGCUGGUUUGCCCAGGAUCAUUUAAAAGGGGACGCCAACACAGAAAUCAGGGUGAAAUUUAUCAGGCGUCUAGAGGACGCUAUUCCAGCAGGUGAAGAUUAA